CAACGGUUGAGGAUUCCUUUUAGUCAACAGCCCCACAACCAGCUGCCUACUCCUGAGUAUCCAACCCAAAGGCAGACAGUCGCCAUGGUAAAACUGCAAUGCCAGUUUCCGAACCGUGACUUGGACCUUAGAAUCCCUUCCCAUGAGGAACUGGAAACCAUUGAGACCAAAGAGGCAGACACAAGACCCAAAUGGGAUAACAAAGCACAGUAUAUGCUCACGUGCAUCGGAUUCUGCGUAGGCCUGGGCAACGUAUGGCGAUUUCCUUAUCUCUGCCAGAGCCAUGGAGGAGGAGCUUUUAUGAUCCCUUUCCUCAUUUUGCUUGUCCUGGAAGGCGUUCCGUUGCUUCACCUUGAGUUUGCCAUUGGUCAAAGGCUACGAAAAGGCAGUGUGGGAGUCUGGAGUUCUAUCCAUCCUUGCCUGAAGGGAGUUGGUGUAACAGCAUUAAUGGUCUCCUUUCUUGUCGGUUUAUACUACAAUACGAUCAUUGCCUGGGUGAUGUGGUAUUUCUUCAACUCUUUCCAAGAGCCCUUGCCCUGGAGCAAUUGCCCAUUGCUUCCCGACAGGGCAGGUUAUGUAGAAGAAUGUGCCAAGAGCUCUUCCGUUGAUUAUUUUUGGUACCGGCAGACUUUAAACAUCACCAGUUCCAUCGAUGAUUCUGGAACUGUCCAGUGGUGGCUUCUGUUGUGUUUACUGUGUGCCUGGGCAGUGCUGUAUGUGUGCACAAUCAGAGGCAUUGAAACAACAGGAAAGGCAGUGUACGUAACGUCCACCCUUCCUUAUGUCGUGCUCACUAUUUUCCUGAUCCGGGGCUUGACGCUAAAAGGAUCAGUCAGUGGAAUUCAAUAUCUCUUUACACCAAAUGUUACUGAACUGGCGAACCCCGUCACCUGGCUAGAUGCCGGGGCUCAAGUCUUCUAUUCGUUUUCCCUUGCCUUUGGUGGCCUCAUCUCGUUCUCUAGUUAUAAUUCAGUUCACAAUAAUUGCGAGAAGGAUGCUCUGAUUAUUUCCGUCAUCAAUGGCUUCACCUCCAUUUAUUCUGCCACCGUCAUUUACUCAAUCAUUGGGUUCAGAGCAACAGAGAGAUACGAUGAUUGCGUUAGCCAGAAUAUCCUCACCCUGACAAAUGCAUUUGAUUUGCCAGAAGGUAACGUCACCGAAGAAAACUUCAUAGCUGCACAAAUUUGGUGUAACGCGACAGAUUCAGCAACGUUUGAAACCCUUAAAUUUCAGACUUGCGACCUGAACACGUUUCUUUCUGAUGGUGUCGAAGGAACUGGCUUGGCUUUUAUUGUCUUCACCGAAGCCAUCACCAAAAUGCCCGUCUCCCCUCUGUGGUCCAUCCUCUUCUUUAUCAUGCUGUUCUGCUUAGGUUUAUCAUCUAUGUUUGGGAACAUAGAAGGUGUUCUUGUACCCCUGCAAGAUCUCAAUGUGAUCCCCAAAAAAUGGCCUAAAGAACUUGUUACAGGUCUGAUCUGUGUAGCGUCUUUUUUGAUUGCCAUUAUUUUUGUGCUGAGGUCGGGAAACUACUGGCUGGCGCUCUUUGAUAAUUUUGCGGGGUCCAUUCCUUUGCUGAUCAUUGCUUUCUGCGAGAUGUUUUCUGUUGUCUACAUAUAUGGAAUAGACAGAUUCAACAAGGAUAUCGAGUUCAUGAUUGGACACAAGCCCAACAUUUUCUGGCAGGCCACCUGGAGAUUCAUCAGUCCCCUCAUCAUGUUGGUUAUCUUCUUGUUUUAUUUUGUGGUGAAAGUGAGCCAGAAACUAGAAUACAUCACCUGGGAUCCCACAUACGAUCUGUUCCCCAAGUCAAGGGUAACGACAUAUCCUGACUGGGUGUAUGCCAUCAUCGUACUUCUGGCAGGUGUGCCAAGCUUGAUGAUUCCUGGAUUUGCCAUCUACAAAGCCAUUCGAAACUGCAUGAAGAGGCAGGAUGACCGGCAGGAUCUGGUCAAUGCCGUAUCGGAAGCAUCCGUAAACGGGGAGCUGAGGAAUACGUUGUAAUUAAAGUUCCUGGGAAGGGACAGGAAAAGACUUGUAUGGCUGAGAGAGAGAAAAAUGGAUGUCUCUCUGUCUGCAAUAAAGUGCACACUUAUCUGGGAGCACGUGAAAUUAAACGUGGUGGAACUUAAAGGGAGUGAGUUUUGUAGAACCUUGAAGGCUACUAUGUUUGCUGGGGCAGAAGCUUUUAUGGAUUAAAGUCCACUCGAAAGCUAAUGAGACAAGAAGUCAGAUUUUUAAAGUGUCAUAAGAGACUCCUGCGGGUUUUUUAAUUUUUUUCCCUGUUAGCCGACUACCUUGGCUGCCCCUCUGGAAUUUCUCUUUAGCAGUUGCGGGAUCAGCAGACAGUUCAUGCAGCUGCAAGUUUGGUGAUGACAUACACUGGUGGUGAUACUCUCCCCGCCACCCUUCUAUGUGUGCCACUAUGUUGCACAAAAGUAUGCUCCAUUCUAUUUUCAAAUAUUAUGUUAUUAAAACAAAUUCUAUUUCUAACAAAGAAA